GUCCGGAAAACAUCCGCUAGGCGGCUAGGCCUCUUAGUGGCGCGGUUGAAAUAUCAAGAAGCGGCAAUGGUGACUGAAUAGUUUGCUGGUUGUGCGUGUGCUGUGUGUUGCUUAUGGUCGCAAGUGGAGGGCGGAGGUGGAUACUCGAUUCCUAGGUGGAAGCACGCCAUCGUAGCCCACUGCUCGGCCUGGGAACUCUCGUGGACCGUCUUACACGGAUUAUCAUCUACGCCUAGUCGGAGGAAUGUGGAAAGCGACGCUUGCUAUCCUACUACUGCUCGCCGUCAAUGGAGUACUACUCGCAGCCGAAAAGGUGCAAAGCACAACAGAAAAGCAUGGCGAUAACGGCAUGUUCUUCAUUGAUGAUCCCCAGAGUGACCAGGCUGUGGAAGGCAGUGCAGAUUUUGAAGACACGGACUCGUCCUCUGGGAUAGGAGACGAUGAAGAUGCUGAGGGCUCUGGGGACGAACACCUAUCCGAGGAGGAAAUGGGCUCGGGGACAGUAGGUCCAGUGUUUGUCACACCCAAAGUCACGGUGGUCACGGACACGAAACACCCUCCCAAAUACGAAGCCAAGCCGAAGGGCACGUCUCACAGUCCUGAGGAAGGAAACGAGAUUCCAGAGCUGUCUGGUCCGGUGACAACAACCAAGGGCCCUAAGGUCGAUGUGGCACACGGUCCCCCAAGCAGUGGCCACGACGAUAAUCGGCAAAGCAACAAUAUACCCUUGGGGCGCAAGCAGGACAACCGACCGUCCUCCUUUUUUGCUCAGCCUGGCAUUUUGGCAGCGGUGAUCGGUGGUGCCGUCGUGGGCCUGUUGUGUGCCAUCCUGCUUGUCAUGUUCAUUGUCUACCGGAUGCGCAAGAAGGACGAAGGAAGCUACGCCCUGGACGAACCCAAGCGGUCGCCGACAGUCAUCUACAUGCGUAGCAGCAACAAGGAGUUCUACGCCUAGAGAGAGAGAUCGCCACCGACACACGUGCAAAAGAGACGCCUCUCUUCCUCCUCCCCACUUGCCUGUACCCUCAGCUAGCGCAACACCAGCACCAAAGGGCAAGCCACAAACUUCUCGCAGUGAAGGCGUCA